GCUCCUGCCUUUCAGCCGGCUGCAGCUAAUGAGCCUUUGUGUGGCCAAAGAGAGAGAGAGGGAGAGAAAGAGAGGAACACAGUGACAGACAGGGAGUUAAAGUGAGAAAGACUGCCGUCUUGCAACAAUAAAGCAUAUGGUACCGACAGUGCAGUCAGAGCUGGAAAAUUACAAGUCUCUCUCCCACUCCUGCACCCUUUUUUCUCAUGCCCGUGGAGCUCAGGGGUCGGUGCAAGUCAGUGGACUGAAACAAAAUGGGAACCUCUUCACUCAUCAUGUUUCACCUUUUUUGAAUAGCCACAUUUAUGGUUGUGUGGCUGUGCUGCUGUGAGAAGAGGUGAAAGGAGUCACAGUCUGCCAGUGGAUACAGGUGCAGAUGCGGCGGGCCAUGAGUGGAAUACUGAAGAGGAAAUUUGAGGAGGUGGAAGCCUCCUCCUCCCCGUGCUCUUCCUUGCGGGAGUCUGAUGAUGAGGUCUCCUGCAGUGAGAGUGGGGAUAGCAGUGACAGUGUCAACCCCUCUGCCUCUGGCCCUUUCACCCCUGACUCGAUACUGAAGAGAGAGAAGCGCCUGCGGACGAGGAGAGUGCAUUUCGAGAAUGUGACAGUGUACUACUUCAGCCGGCGGCAGGGCUUCACCAGCGUGCCCAGCCAGGGAGGCAGCACGCUGGGCAUGUCCAACAGGCACAGCUGGAUCAGGCAGUACUCCCUGGGCGAAUUUGCCGUGGAGCAGGAGAGGAUCCACAGAGACAUGCUCAGAGAUCACCUGAAGGAGGAGAAACUGAAUUCAAUCAAACUCAAGCUGACUAAGAACGGCACAGUGGAGUCUGAAGAGGCCAACACACUCACGGCAGAGGACAUCUCUGACGAUGACAUCGAUCUGGAUAACACAGAGGUAGAUGAGUACUUCUUCCUGCAGCCUCUCACCACUAAAAAGCGCCGGGCACUGCUGCGCUCCUCGGGGGUAAAGAAGAUUGACGUGGAAGAGAAACAUGAACUGCGGGCGAUCCGAAUGUCCAGAGAGGACUGCGGCUGUGAUUGCAGAGUCUUCUGCGACCCAGAGACCUGUGCCUGCAGCAUCGCAGGGAUCAAGUGCCAGGUGGACCGUAUGUCAUUUCCAUGUGGCUGCACAAAAGAGGGCUGCAGCAACUCAACCGGGAGAGUGGAAUUUAAUCCCAUUCGUGUUCGGACCCAUUUCUUGCACACCAUAAUGAAGCUGGAGCUGGAGAAGAGCCGCGAGCAGCAGCAGGCGUCCCCCACCAACGGUUACCGUAGCGAAACUAACGACCUGGGAGGCGGAAACCCUCUGGUUCAGUCCCAGCACAGGUUGGAGUACUCCCUGUCAGACGCCGUUCCACAGGCGGCCGGCAUGCACCUGCAGGCUGCCGACGAGAUGGAGGAGCCGCUGGAUGACGAAGACGAGGAGGAAGAGGACGAAGACGAGGAGGACGAGGAGGAGGAGGAAGAGGAGAACGAAGAGGACGAUGAGGACGAGGAGGACAGCAGCAGUGUUUGCAGCGGACUGUCUGACUCCAGCACCCAGAGCUUAGCCAACAGUGACUCUGAGGACGAGGAGGAGGAUGAUGAGGAUGAGGAGAAGUCUGAGAACUUUCAGAGCGACAUGACGACCCCGUCUGUGUCUCACAGCGAGGUGGUCCCCUUGUCCUCUGUGCUGUGUUACAGCGACGGCUCAGUGGCACAUGAAAACCACAUGAAUGGAAACACUUAUUUAAUGAACUCCUCUUCAGCUGAGUACUAUCAGCUGGGGAGCUCCAGUGCUGUCUCUAAUGGCCAAACCAGCCGACCCAGUGAACCCUACGGGGAAGCCUUAGCAUUCCAAGAUCCGGUCAGCGCUACCAAUGGCAGCACGGCCCAAGGACCAUUCAACAUGUCUGCAGAGCAGUACACAGACUACUCUAAUCAGGCCGAGGAACAAUACACAGCCAGUCACCAUUUCACCCUGACCAACGGUGCUCCUGCCGCCCCCUUGACCUGCUACACACCUGAUCAGGAGAAGAAGGUGUUGUCCAAAGCAGCGUUCGUGGAGCAGCCUGACAACCAGAGCCAGACGCCGUUUCAAAAAUACCUGAACAAUAACACCCAGGGCUCUUACAGCAGCUCAUGUAUGACAGCUGAGCAGCCGCAGCAAGAGUCCGGCGUUAACGGCCACUCUGACCUGACCUUACUAGGAACCAACACUAAGAACCUCCCUUUACCAGACCAUUGCCCUGAGGUCACAGCCAUUUAGUGGGCCUCAGCUUUCCAAGUGUUCUUUCAUUAUUGCAUCUUUACUUGACCAAGUGGUAUUUUAAGGGAACAUAAUCAUGGCCUUUUUUUUUUUUUUUUUUUUUUGCAUUAUCUGACCUUAAAUUUCAAAGCAAUCUCCAGCACCGUAGUACAUUUUCAUCUGUAACUAUAAAGCCAUAGGGUCGUGGUGGCAAUGUUUUUGAGGAAUGAUUCGCUCCUGAGGGUUUCUCUGCUACAGUGCGUGCUUUACUGCAAGAUGGAACAGAUCAAGGAGCAUUUUAAAAACAUCACUUAUGUCAUGCCGUGCAAUGUAUCUUGUAAUUUCAGAUGUAAAGUUCUAGUUUUAAGCAGAUAUUGUACUGUAGAUGGAACUUUUCUAUGUCUACUGUAUGUGUCAAAUGUGCGCAAAACAACAAAAAAAAAUAUUGUCAGUUUAUUUAUUGUUUCUGAAUUAUGUGUAAACUUAUAUAUUGUAAAUGUUUUGAUAACAAUACGCAUGCUGUUUUGGGAAAACUCAGUGACAUUUAGGGGAAAAAAUGCCAUUGUUUUAUAUAAAAAUGUGUCGUGUACAUAAUGUACAUUUCUCCUCUUCUUUUUGUCGCCAUUAAUAUGCUUUUCUAUGGUUUUUGAAAAGCAUGAAAAAGCCUGAAUUCUUAUUUGUAUGUUUUGGAAUACAAUAUCAAUAGCAUAAAACGUCAAGAAAUUAAAUUAAAUUUCCCAGCCUUUUGCACUUACGUGUGGGGGUCCAGUGGCAUGCAGUUGGUUUUAACUGAUGAAUACUUGAACGGUGUCAAAAUAUGGCCCCUCACUUGUUUUCUUUACUCUCCUCUGUUCUCUUAGAAUAACGCGGUUGAACAAAUGGAGACUUAUUCUUUGAAGCAUUUCAUCAGUACAGGGAUAAUAACGAAGUAGCACUUUGACAUAUCUCCAAAAGUAUGACAAGCUCUAUGAUUCAUCACAGACAGAAUCUUUAUCAUAAUAGGCUCCAUUUGAAAAGCAUCAGUAACCAGUCUCCAUCACAGUUCUGCAGACGAACUAUUGACCCGAGAUAAUGUGUCAGUAUUUCACAAAUUAACUGCUUAUUGGAUUUCUGCUCUUGAACGCUGUAUAAGCUACAUUCCUCUGUCUAAUAACUGAGAUGUUUAUUUAUGUGGAUCCAGUAAUGAUGCUGAUUUGCUCUAUUGAAGUGUUAAGUGCAAUAGUUUGAGGGUUUUUAAUAGGCAUUCCCUUUUAGAGAGGAUCCUCUGUAAAAGGGGACGGAGAUUUCUUUUAAUUGACCGUCACGGCACUUGAUAUUGUACUUAAAGCGACAUUAGUUUAAUGAAAAAUGUGCCACAGUUUUGAUAAUUGUAUACGGGGGAAGCAAAUGUUCAAGGUUGACAAUCAAAGCUUAUUAUGAAACAUGAUUCAUAUGGGUAAUUAACAGCUACACAAUGAGUCCCACGAGCCAUUGAAAAUGACUGAGAAAAAUAAGUUUACCAAAAAAAUAAAUAAAUCUGUAAAUAACCUUCAACACGUCUUUAGAAAAUCACUGACAAAAAGGGAAAUUGGCGAGACUGCUCAACAACUGGGGGACUGCAAUAAUUGAGUGAAUACUGUAAAACAUUGUUUACCUUGAGCUCUCUGCUCCUGCAUGAAUACAGAUAUUUGUCCCUCUUCCAGGCUUGCAAAUAUCUGCCCAUUCUUUAUAAUCACAAGGGUCAGGACUGGAGUUUUGGUGGUUCUGUGCGACUGAGUAGCUGGGACCUCUCCUGCCACCUCGGUGGUACAAAAGAAGUGUACAGACUGCUUUCAGGCAAUCAUCAACACAGCCUAUAGUGCAGAGUAAUCGUGCCAAAGCAUACAGUGUGAGGAGGCUAGAUACAAUGACGCUGCAUCCACUUGAGAAUCCUGUGUUGGGUUUUUAUUUUCCAGUAUUUAUUAUGAAUGAUAUAUUGAAAUGUGUAUUUAUUGUGGUUUACUAAAAGUCUGUAUUGAGUAAAUUGCUUCACUAUCUUAAAAUUGUCUUUUUGUUUCAUGCUGGUUGUGAGUUGUAAAGCUUUCAUGUGCCUGAUUUAUUUAAUUCUAUUUCUUAUUCUGUGAAAUGCAAACGUUUUGCACAAAAUGGUAGAGUUUGGUUUUUUUCCAAUGUGUUUUUGUUUUUUUCAACUGUAGAUAGAGCAAAGUUCAUUUUCAGUUGUUUCAUUUUGAACAUGGUUUUGAAAUAAUUUAAUUAAAAUUGCUAAAAUUGCUAGCCAACAUUGUACAGUUCAGUAAUUUCUUAGCACGAGGCGCCCUCUGCAGGGAGAAAUGAGACAAAGCGGCUCUCAGUACUAACCAACCGAAUUUAUUGACCUAAAAAUAAGACCUCCUAAUACCAAGACAACACUAGGCAGUUUCCAUCUGAGACUCUGUUCCUCACCCUGGUCUCAAACUCAAAAUUAUUUACAAUAUUCCAUCUUAACACUAGUGCCUGCACCAGACAUUCAUGAGUGGACUCCAGUUUCAAUGUAGAGGGUGAACAGAAUCCCUUCGGUGCAUUCAUUUCACAUUAAAGAUGUCCUUUUGAUGAACACCAAAGCAUUGAAUUUGAAAUAAAAAAGGUAAACAUUGCUGAAAUUUACAAAAGUAUGAUUAAUCUUAAAAAUCAGUCAUGGCAUUUGACAUGUAUUUUGGGAAUAAAGCAUUGACUAUAGUCCAGAUAAAAAUGCAUUUCAAUCAUAAAUAAUAAAAUAAAUAGAACUUUUGUUGGGAGCACUUGAAAUGAACACCUGGGGGGCAAACUAACUGUAUAUAAUUCAUGUUUAGGGCCAGCUCACUCUUUUACAAUGGCAUUCAAAUAAUCAUUCUUCAUUCUUGAUACCUCUGCACUCAGUAGUCAGUUUAUUAGGUACACCUAGCUAAAACUAAUGCAGUCUAAUACAGCAGCUCUGCAGUAAAUCCUGCCGACAUGAAGGUUAUAAUGUUCAGUUUGUGUUUGAAACUGUUUAAGAGGCUUUAAUUCAACUUUAUUAUCAUUUUGUUGUAAUGCACUGUACUGAGAGGUGUUUCUAUUAUUUACACUAGCCUCACUGAUAGAAAUGGGUUUGACCUUACAUAAGAAACACUUCAGUAUGAUGUAACAU